AUUUUUCACCUGUUACUCAAAAGACCUACUUAUCCUCUGCCACCAGUUAACCAGCAGAAACAUCAACAUUAUCCACUCACCACCAUGGCAGCAAAAUACAAGUCAUUUUUCUGUGCACAAUAUCCCAUCAGAAUUAAGGGUACUUCCACAUGCCCCACCCAUAAAGAUAACGACGUAGUUUUUCUAUGCCAGGAUUGCAAAAUGCUGAUUUGCACAACAUGUUCAAUAACCUCGCACAAAUCACAUAUUGACAGUUUUCUGGAGUUAUCCCGAAUUAAGACACAGCAUCAAAACAUCCUGCAGGACUUUGUUAAUGGUACGGACAACGUAAAAAUUCCAAAACUCAAUCAAGAAAUUUCAUCAACACGAACUGAACUUUCACAAUGUAAACCGAAAUAUGGAAAACUCCGGGAAAAAAUUAAAGAAGAAAACGAAAAGUGUAAGUUACAACUUGACAAAAUCACAGAAGAAUACACAGCAAUAUGUGAAAAGAUGGAGCUGGCUUCCGCUGACCUCUUUCAGACGCGCAUCACAAACCUGGAGGAGAGGCUGGAUACUUUGAGAAAACUCUCUUCAGAGUGUAAACAGACUCUCCAGACGGGAACUGCUGUGCUGAUGUAUGACUCGGUAUCCGAAAUUCAGGAAAUGGAACUAGACAUUCCACAAGCGACUAUCAUAAAUAUGAGAGAGUUUACUCCGGGCCAAGACAGACAAAAUCUUCUGAAGCAGGCAAUGGGGAACAUGGAGGUUCCAAACAACCUUUCCUUUGCAGGAUUAACAACUGGCAGUCAGUCCGACCAAAAUCAAGCAGUCCGACCCAAAAAGUCAACAGAGACUGAUCAAGCCUCCACUGCAGCAGUCCAGUCCACAUUUUUAGAAUGUCCAGAGGUCGUAUCCAAGUUUUCCUAUCCGCAGUCAAUCAAGUCAAUCUGCCCUACAUCUGAUGGGCGUGCAUGGUUCUGUGAUCGAUUCCCCAGCACGUUGGCCCUCAUCGACAGUAGUAAACGCCAGACCAUACAGAAGAUAACGGGCACCAGCAGAAUUGAUGAUAUUAGUCUACACCCAACCUCAGGUCUCUUGUGGUUCUGUGGGGUAGAGAGUGAAGCUAUUUUCGCAAUUUCUGUUUCAAAUGAACACGUUCCAAUGUUCAAUACAUCCGAAGGUCUCCCCACGAGCCUAUGUGUGACAACGCAAGGUCAUAUAGUAGUUGGUAUAGGAUGUUCGCAGGGGUACAAGGUCGAAAUGUACACGAUAGAUGGCAGAGUGUUAUACUCGGCCAUGGAGCAAGGGCCAGUGCCGGGGAUAGUCGUGUCAAUCGCACAGUGUUCUGUCACAGGUAAUAUAGCUGUAGUGGGUAUCAAAGACGCCGCUGGAGACAGUAGUGAUUCAGAAGAUCGCAUGCCUCAUGUCAUUGUGUACGACUCAAAACUCCAGCCUUUGUUCCACUACCGGGGCGAGGGGAUCCAGUCGGCCGACGGAUCGGUGACACCAGACAAGUUUGACCCAGCCACAGUUGUAUAUGACAGCAAAGGAAAUAUCUUAGUUAAUGAGAGGACAAGGAAUACAAUCGAACUGAUAAGUGGAACAGGGAAGCACAUUAGAACACUACUCACGAACAAAGGAACUGUGGGAGCGAUCGGUAUUCAGAAAGACGAUGUGCUGUGGUCACACCUAAGGAUAGGAAAGUGGGGAGUGAAACUUUUGAAGUACUAUUGUGAUUGAAUGGAAGAAAGUUUGGUUGAGUGAGGAGUGAAACUUUUGAAGUACUUUGUGAUUAAAUGGAAAAAAAGUUUGGUUGAGUGAGGGGUGGAACUUGUUAAGUACUAUUGUGAUUUAAUGAAAGUAUCUUUGGCUGUCUUGGGAGUAAAACUUUUGAAGUACCUCUGUGAUUCAAUAGAAGAAACUAACGCUUGAUUGAGUAGUGAAACUUCUGAAGUACUGUGAUUUAAGGAGAUAACUUUGGUUGAGUUCGGAAUGAAGUGCCUCAGUGAUUUAAUGCAAGUGACUGGUUGAGCGAGGAGUGAAACUUCUGAAAAUAUAUACGCCUGUGAUUUAAUAUAGAUAAGUUUGGCUGAGUUCAUAAGGAGUGAAAUUCCUGAAAUACGUCUGUGAUUUAAUGUCAAUAGCUGUGGCUGAGUUCAUGAGGAGUGAAACUUCUGAAAUACGUCUGUGAUUUGAUGAAAGGAACUUUGGUUGAAUAAGGACUGAACUUAAUUAAUGAAGUACUUCUGUAGUUAAAUGGAAAUAAUUUGGCUGUCUGGAGAGAGAAACCCCUUAAGUGCGUAUAUGAUUUAAUUAAACUAACUUUGGCUGAGAGAGAGUUAAAUAGAAGAUUCGUAGAUAUUUUCCCGGCAAAUCAAGACAUGGUCAACUGAUACUUGCCCUUUUUACAAGUUUGUUCUUUAAUCUUCAUCAGAAGGAUAUUUGCAGACAUAAAUAUAUUUGUUUUUAAAUGCUAUUUGUACAAAGUUAAACAGAAGUACCCAUUCCGCUUUGUUCACACGACUGUCGUAUAUUUUCUUCAGGAGAGGAUUUCAAAACUGUAUUUGCACAAUUUUACUAUGUCGCUGAUCGUUUGGAUUUUAAUUAAAAUACGUGUCUUGCUAGAAA